AUGGAGAAGAACGCGAGCCAAUCCAGCAGCAAGUCUCUCUCGAGCAUUGAAGAUGGCUCUCAGACCCCUAGUGGACAAAUUGCCAGCAAGUCGAACAAGCGAGCACGCUCGAUAGUAUUGCUAGUGGCUGUGGUGGCGCUUGUCUCCAUUUCUGCCCUCGCAUUAGGGCUAGGACUUGGCUUGGGGCUCAAAGACCGCCACAAGUCACAUUCAGAUGCGAGCACAUCAAACACAGGCUCAAGUGUCGUUCCAGGUGCCACUGCUUCAAAUCUGGCCUUCAUCCCAAGAGAACACCUCGUGGAUCCCUCGCAGCUCUCACUCAGUCCAUCAUGGGAUCGUUCCGCACCACCACAGGACCGAGUCUACAACUGGACCCUGACGCAAGUGCUGUCCAACCCAGCUGGCGUCACCAAGCAAAUGCGCUUGGUCAACAAUCAAUUCCCCGGUCCCACCAUCGAGGCGAACGUGGGGGACCGCAUCAUUGUGCACAUCCAAAACAACAUGCCGGUCCCGACAACUAUCCACUGGCACGGCCAGUACCAACGCGGCUCGAACGAGAUGGAUGGCUCGGCCGGUAUCACCGAAUGCGGAAUCGCGCCAGGCACUUCGUUCACCUACAACUGGACCGUUCAGCAGUCUGGCUCGUACUGGUGGCAUUCGCAUUACGGACCGACCUAUGCAGAUGGACUGUUCGGACCUCUCAUCUUGCACGGAGAUGACGAAAAGUUCAGAAUGACCAACCCGACCAACACUUCUGCAGCUCAAUCAGCAGUGAAUUCCACUACAUCCAACGGCACCGCUGUCAGGACUGAUUAUGAUCGAGACCUGAUCUUUGUUGUCAACGACGCUUACCAGGCCGACUCCUUCAGCGUCGCUGCUAUCGCAAGAUCCAAGACGGGCCCGCCUGGCGGCGACCAGGGGAGCGAGCCCGUGCCGGAUUAUGGCAUGAUCAACGGUCUCGGCUUUUCCAACUGUGCGCUUGCUCCCAACGGCACAGUCUGCAUUUCCGAUGACCCCGAGGGCAAGAUGGCCUACAAUCUCACCGUGCCUGCUCAGAAGCGCAUCCGCAUGCGUGUGAUCAACGCUGGCUCCUUGGCAACAUUCAGAUUCUCCGUUGACGGUCAUCGAAUGACGGUCAUCGAGGCCGACGGCACUGAAGUUGAGCCCGUCGUGGUUCAGAGUCUCAACGUCAUGGUGGCUCAGAGGUAUUCGGUUAUCAUCGAGACUGACCAGCCUGUCGGGGCAUAUGCCGUUCGAGCAGAGGUGCUCGAUGACAUGUUUGCCUACGAGAACCCCUUCCUCGUCAUGGACCAGUACGCAAUCAUGCGCUACGAGGGUGUGAGCGCGUCAACUCCACCCAUGGCCAACCCUGCCAACACGUCACUCGUGAACGUAACGGAGUCUCUCAGCACUUCACAGCUGAUCCCCAUCACUCGAAUCGAUGCGCCUGCUUCCAACAUGACGACGAAGCUGGUAGUCAACUUUGGCCUCGACAGCUACUCCAAUUGGCAUGCCUUCUUCAACCAGACCACCUUCACUUCCGAGAUGGCGCCGCAGGCUUCUCUGAUGAAGGCCUUCACGUUCGAAACAUCACCGCAUUCGGCUUCCAACUCGAGCGUCGGAGCCUACUACAAUGAUCCGGACGAGAUGAUCGUCACCAACACUGAAGUAGUCGUUAUGGAUGUCAUCAUCAACAACCUCGACGAGGGCGAACAUCCCUUCCAUCUGCACGGUUUCACUCCUUUCCUCGUCGGCGCAGGCGCGGGCAACUUCCAAGGCCCCAGCAACUUUUCCGACUCGAGAGUCAACCCGAUGCGCAGAGACGUGUUCUCGGUCCCGCCGUUCAGCUGGAUGGCCUUCCGCUUCAUCGCUGACAACACUGGUGUCUGGCCAUUCCACUGCCAUCUCAUGCCUCACAUGGCCGUUGGCCUCCUGAUGCAGUUCCAGGUGCUACCUGAUCGGAUCGCAACACUUCCGGUCACCGACAAGUUCUAUUCGCAGUGUUCGGCCGUCUCCAGCUGGGUACAGCAGAAUCAGAACCUGCUCACGUCGACAGGCAAUCCGGAUGACAUGUGA